AUGGCCACCAACGAAGCCAACCCCGUCCCCUUUUCCGAACCUCCUUACCUCCGCGGUCUCCCCUCCCCCUACUACUCCGACUCUCAUCUCCAAUUCCAAAAACGCUGUCGUGCUUUCGUCUGGGAACACCUCCUGAGCAAUGCGCACGAAUAUGAGAAGCAGGGCCAAGUCCCGGACUCAGUCUUCCAGAAGUUCUGCGAGCAUAACAUGCUGGUCCCUAACUUGCCUGCUCCAUUGCCCGUCGACUGGCUGAAGCGCCUGGGCAUCAACGAUAUCCUCGGAGUGAAGGUCGAAGAAUGGGAUUAUCUGCACACCGGAAUCUACAUGGAUGAGAUGGCCCGCUCGGGUCUUUCCAGCGCCGCCGGAAUCAACCCCGGAUUUUGCUACGGCCUUCCCCCCAUUAUCAAGUUCGGUAGUCCCCAGCUGCAAGAGCGCUACCUUCCCGACCUCCUGACCGGCAAGAAGCGCGCAUGCAUCGCCAUCACAGAACCGGGCGCGGGCUCGGAUGUCGCCAACAUCUCCACCACCGCCGUCAAGUCGCCCGACGGCAAGCACUACAUUAUCAACGGCGAGAAGAAAUGGAUCACCAACGGUAUCUGGUCCGAUUAUGCCACGAUGGCCGUUCGCACCGGCGGCCCCGGUGCCGCCGGCCUGUCGGUCCUCCUGGUCCCUCUGAAGGGGUACCCCGGAGUCAACAUGCGCCGUCUCACGGUCGCCGGCCAGAAGACGGGCGGGACUACCUAUAUUGAGCUUGACGACGUGAAGGUUCCCGUGGAGAACCUCAUCGGCCGGGAGGGCGAGGGCAUGCGUCUCAUCAUGACCAACUUCAACCACGAGCGGUUGACCAUCGCUGUUGGAGUGACCCGACAAGCCCGUGUGGCCCUCUCCUCUGCGUUCGCCUACUGCCUGAAGCGCGAGGCGUUUGGAAAGAGCCUGAUGGACCAGCCCGUGGUGCGUCACCGGUUGGCCAAGGCCGGCGCGGAGCUGGAGACUAUGUGGGCCUUUAUGGAACAGCUCCUCUACCAGAUGUGCCAUCUCAGCAAGGAAGAAGCUGAUCGGCAGCUGGGAGGUGUGACGGCCAUGGCCAAGGCCAAGGCGGCGAUGGUGCUGAACGAGUGUGCUCAGUGCGCUGUGCUGCUGUUCGGUGGUGCUGGUUUCACGCAGAGCGGACAGGGUGAACUGGUGGAAGCGAUUUACCGCGAGGUUCCUGGCGCUCGUAUUCCGGGUGGCUCUGAGGAUGUCCUGUUAGACCUGUCGGUGAGGCAGUUGGUGAAGCUUUACCAAGCCGAGGCCAAAAAGUUGGGGAAGUCGAAGAUCUAG